AUGACUAUAGCGCUGUGGUUCUGUCCACAAUACGGAUCUGGGGCCUACGAGACGUUAGAGCUACUUAUUGUGUCUUUACAAAGUGUUUUCCCAAGUUCACCGACGUUUGAACCGCAUAUUACUGUGACGAAUAAUCUGGUAUGUAAGGAUGAGGAUGAUGUCAAUCGGAUUUUAACGUCGUGUGUAGCAGCUAUGCAGUCUAUAAGAGCAUCAUUGGUAAAAAAUGGGGACUCUUUGGUGUCGUUUCGAAGCUGUAGUGUCGGUAAGAAGUUCUUCAAUAAGGUUGUGCUAGAUUGUAGCGAUAACAGGUACCUUGUGAGUAUUGCACAGAUUAUGAGGGAAUUGUACGUUGAAGUGGACGAGUCUUCGAGGUCACAAAGGGCUGCUACGUGGGUACGGGAUGAGUUUCGUCCACAUUUGUCGUUGUUGUACUCGGAUACCUAUCCUAUAAGUCAAGCGUUUCUGAGAGUGAUUCAACAAAGGAUCGAGGAUGCAUUGGAUGUACAGAUGGAUGGUGUAGAGCGCGGUAGUGAUUAUCAACUUCGGUGGAAUUUUUAUGGAGUGCCGGCGUGUAGUUGGGGCUGCCGGGUACUUUCAAAGUAG